AUGAGAGGUCAAUUAAGAGCAUGUCCCCUCGCGGCUAUGGCACUUGGCUCGACGACGCGAGUCGCAAUCGUUCCGACGGCUUCGCAGGGGGGAACAUUGGACGCGCCAAUCCGGAGAACCUCCAUAAACCAUCGUAACCGCUCGACGUCGAACUCACAAUCUCUGUCCUCCAAUGCCGCCGGUCCCUCAAACACGGCCAAUCCUCGCAUUCCAUCUCCGACUUUCCAGCCCCCAUAUCCAAGUCCAUCACCAGUACCUACGAGUUCUACAGGAGGCAGAGAACAACCACAAGUGAGAGUGACAAGUCCAACGCGCUGGAGUCUGCGAAACGCAUUAAUCGGCGGCGGAAACUACGAUCAAUCCUCGCCAUUUCGAAGCCGUUCAGGAACGGUCGCUACCAACACUAGCGUUCCUCUCCAUGCUCGACGGCCAAGUGCUGCACGACUUUGGAACCCGACCAAUUCCACCCCACGAGCUCCUGCACGAAAACGAAGCAACCGACGACUCCGCGAAGAAAACCCAGCUAUCAUCGCAAUCCCAUUGUCGCAUCCAGAUAUUGGGUCACCUAGAGAAGGAGCUGCAGCGGGAGGGUCUUAUCCAUUGUUAACACUUUCUGAGCAAAGACAGAGCUUGCAUUUAGGAUCGACAAGAGCGAGUUUGCAGGUUGAGAGGAGUGGGAGUUCUGCGGGAUCAAACAGGAUUUCAUUGCCGAGGAGUGUUAGUAUCGACAUCUCACGAAGGAAGAGCGGUGAUUCACCCACGACACCAGAGAAGAAACUUGAUAAAGGAAAAGGGCGAGUAGUCUCGCCAGAAGAGGCUGGAAGUGAAGCCUUGCCACAAGCCGAACAUAGGAAAAUCGCUACACUACGACAACGAGAACAGAAUACGUCCCAUCCCGAACCUCUUUCUCCAGGACUCUCCUUUGUCCAGAAUCAUCCGGACAUGUCUACCGAUCUCGAGCGCGGAGCAAUCAAUACAGCAUUGUAUAGCCCGGGCGGGAACUCGACGUUACCAAAUAAUGCUUCGAAUGCAUCUCUCGACGGUGGAAUAGGUCCAGCCUUGGAAUCAGAAAGCUCCUCGAUAGUGGGAACCGAGGGAGGAGGAGCUCAAGACGAAUGGGGACCGCAGCAUCCAUGCUUUCCGCACAUGAACUCACAUGUGCCUCUUUCAUCACCUCUAUAUCAAACCACCCGCAUAAUACGAAUACGGCGGGAUUGGAUGAUUGAAGGUGAUCUAGCACCUACGUUUUCGAAUUUAUAUCCGGAAAUUCUGGACCCCGCUGGAGUGACAGAACAAGAUUUUAGGACGAUUAUUGAGAAGGUCAAUGCUGAGUUGAUACCAGCAUUUAACCCAUGGGGUGUGCGUAAUGUUUUUGACGCUCUGAUGGGCCUGGCUACUGGAUGGAUAUGGGAUGAUUUUGGGUUAACAGCAGUCAAGUCUCGACUUCGAAAGGUGGAGAAUUUCCUGGAAGAAUGGAAUACUGAAAUGGAGAAGAAAAGCAAGGAUGGACCGGGAAGUGCACCAAGAAUAGUGUCACUGAGAAGGACAGGAUACAUGAAUCUGGAUAUUCAAGUACCUGACCCCGAAGUAUCCUAUCCCGCCUCCAACCAAGGCUCCCGAACCGCAACUGGUAUUUCCACAAACUCGCAAUUACCAUAUACCGUACAAUAA